GGCGCGGCGCGGUGCCGGCGAUCCGGUUGUGUCAGCGCCAUGUUCAGCGGAACGGUGCGCGUCAAGGUGUGUGAGGCCACGGGCCUCAGGCCGACCGACUUUCAGAAACGGCACAACAUGACCUUCGGGAAACCAGACGACCAGCCGAUAGACCCGUACGUGUCGAUCGACGCGGACGAGCACCACCUGGACCGCUCCACCACCAAGCCCAAGACCUUCGACCCCGUCUGGAACGAGACCUUCAUCCACGAAGUGCAGAACGUCUCCAGCUUGGGGAUCACUGUAUUUCACGAUGCUGCUAUACCUCCGGAUGAUUUUGUUGCAAAUUGCACAAUUCCUUUUGAAGAUUUAACUCAUCGUGAUAAAGACGCCACAGACUUUUGGGUGGAUCUAGAACCUCAAGGAAAACUGCAUCUGAAAAUAGAUCUGAAAUGGAAUUCUCAAGGAUGUGCGAUGGCAGCAAAGACCAAAGCCAAAUCCUCAUAUUUCGCGGGCAAGAGCUCGGGCGGCGGCGGCGAGGCGGCGCGCGCGCCUGCAGGCGGCCAUGCGGGCGGCGGCCGGCGCGAGUUCAAGGAGGGCGCGGGCUUCGCGCGCCGCCGGGGCGCCAUGCGCCGCCGCGUGCACCAGGUCAACGGACACAAGUUCAUGGCCACCUUCCUGCGCCAGCCCACCUUCUGCUCGCACUGCCGCGAGUUCAUCUGGGGUCUCGGAAAACAAGGAUAUCAAUGCCAAGUGUGCACCUGCGUGGUCCACAAGCGCUGCCACUCGUCCGUCGUCACCAAGUGUCCCGGCAUGAAGGAAGAGCAACACAGCGCCGUGGGCGUGUCGGGCGGGCAGCGGUUCAGCGUGAACGUGCCGCACCGCUUCGUGGUGCACUCCUACAAGCGGUUCACCUUCUGCGACCACUGCGGCUCGCUGCUCUACGGGCUCAUCAAGCAGGGGCUGCAGUGUGAAGUAUGCUCGAUGAACGUGCACAAGCGCUGCCAGAAGAACGUGGCGAACAACUGCGGCAUCAACACCAAGGCCAUGGCAGAGAUCCUCUCCGAGAUGGGCAUCUCCCCGGACAAGAACCCGCGCCCCAGGACCUCCAAGUACAACCCGGUGCUGAUGGAGGGCGGCGGCGGCGACGCGGCCGCCGACUCCGACAAGGAGCCGCUCGACAAACACGACGACAAGGUGCUGGACCUGCUCAUGUCGUCGCCGUACGACUUCGUACCGCCGUUCGACUUGGUACCGCCGUACAACUUGGUACCGCCGUACAACUUGGUACCGUCGUUCGACUUGAUACCGUCUUUCGGCGAGUACAUACCGGCGGCGCCGAGCGGUGGGGACCACUGGGACGACCUCAAAGACAUAUUUACGUGCUACGAAGGUGGCGACGCGGCGGGCGCGCGCGACAAGGUGUCGCUGGAGGACUUCACCUUCAUCAAGGUGCUGGGGAAAGGGUCCUUCGGCAAGGUCAUGCUGGCUGAGAAGAAGGGCACCGACGAGGUGUACGCAGUGAAAGUGCUGAAGAAGGACGCCAUAAUCCAGGACGACGACGUGGAGUGCACGCUGACGGAGCGGCGCGUGCUGGCGCUCGCCGCGCGCCACCCCUUCCUCACCGCGCUGCACUGCGCCUUCCAGACCAGGGACCGGCUGUUCUUCGUCAUGGAGUACGUCGACGGCGGCGACCUCAUGUUCCAGAUACAGCGCGCCAGGAAGUUCGACGAGCCCCGAGCGAGGUUCUACGCAGCCGAGGUGACCCUGGCGCUACAGUUCCUGCACGCGCACGGAGUCAUCUACCGCGACCUGAAGCUCGACAACAUCCUCCUCGACGCGGACGGACACUGCAAGCUCGCAGACUUCGGCAUGUGCAAAGAAGGCAUACUAGACGGAGCGACGACUACAACCUUUUGCGGUACUCCAGACUACAUAGCCCCAGAGAUCCUGCAAGAGUUGGAGUACGGUCCGUCGGUGGACUGGUGGGCGCUGGGCGUGCUGCUGUACGAGAUGCUGGCCGGCCAGCCGCCCUUCGAGGCGGACAACGAGGACGACCUGUUCGAGUCCAUCCUGCACGACGACGUGCUCUACCCCGUGUGGCUGUCCAAGGACGCCGUGUCCAUCCUCAAGGGCUUCAUGACGAAGAACCCGGCGCGGCGGCUGGGCGUGGCGGGCGGCGCGGGCGGUAUCCGCGCGCACGCGUUCUUCAAGGACGUGGACUGGGACGCGCUGCAGCAGCGCCGUCUGCGCCCGCCCUUCCGCCCCAAGAAGAGCAAGCGCGAGGCGGUGAACUUUGACGCGGAGUUCACGAAGGAGGAGCCCGUGCUCACGCCCGUGCCGCCCGACGUCGUGCGCACCAUCAACCAGGAGGAGUUCCGCGGCUUCUCGUUCGUGAACUCGGACUUCACGCCGACGCCGGCGCCGGCGCCCGCGCUCGCGCCCGUCAACUGAGUCCCCCUCCCCCUCCCCCUCCCCGCGCCUGCUCUAACGUUGAGGCUGCCUUAUUCAUAAACAGGUAACUCUUACAAAAACGUGCUCCUUUAAUCUCCGUUCCGGCUCAACAAUUGUCGGCUAGAGUAUAGAUGCUAUCUCGCAGUCGUCGCUUUCGUGAAUUUCAUGAUCGUAUUUGUAAAUUACUAUCCUGUGCCGCCGGUUACGUCUGCGACGACCUCCGCAUGCGGGGCGUGAAAGUUACCGUAUGUGGCGAAGAUUAAAGAGAUUGAACUGAACGCACGAUUAGUAUUUUACGUACUGCCUAUUCAUAAUAAAGGUGACUGCGAGGAUUUACAUCUUAUGAUACGUUUACUUUGGAGAGUUAAUAAGGCGGCUCCGACGUUGGAACGUUGCGGUAUAGUUCCGGGCCGGUUCUUAUGAAAUUCUGUCCACACACGCGAGCCGGCGAUCUAAUACGCGGCGGCCGGCGACGGCGAAUUGUUCUCCGUUCAUUGUAAACCGCCAUGUUGUAUUAUACUUUUAUAGGCGAUCGAUAGACGUAGGUACGUAGCCAUUCAAUUGUUUUUGGUAAGUUACCAGCGGACAAUUUAGAUGUAACAGCUUAAUGCAUCUAAAUAAUCAGAUGACAUAAUAUAUUUGUCUACAAGGGUAUAAUGCGACAUAGUGCUCUUAACGAUGCGCUCGAGUUUAUCGCGCGUCAUUUUAAAUUAAGAAAAAGUAUUCGCUCACGAGCUCGCCGGCCGCCGCGAGUACAGUUAAGGGCUAAGAUUUAUUUACCUAAUACAUUAUCGUAAAGGUGUAACCGUGUACGAGAUCGAUCGUGCGCGAGUCCCGGCGCCGCCGGCACAGAUUAUAUAUAAAUGGAAGAGUUAGAGCAAUUAUUUAUCGUUGUAAAUAUUGGAGAUUGAAUAUUCGGGUGUAAAGCGGAGGCGGAAUCAGUAAACCCCACGUCGCCGCCCGGCCGGCUGCAGGCGCGACGCAGCGGCGGCUCUAGUCAGACACGUUUAGCGGAAAUAAUACUUCAUCCAGAACUGUCAUUUAUCGCAUAUAGUUUCAUUUAUCGACUGGUUUUUGUAUGCUAGAUACUUUUCCUAAACGUUAGACAGAAGGUUACGAAUAUACAAGUUGAUCUUUUAAUAAAAAACGUUCAGCAUAUCGUUUCGCCUUCUAAUACUGCGCUCCUUAAGGCUCAAAUAAGAAAUGACAGUAUAUUUGGUAGCGAUGCUGCGUUCUCUAUCAUAUGUAGUCGCAACGCGAUAAUCUGUAGCACUUUGUGAUGAUAUAUUUAUGUUUAGUUGGUUUACAAUAAAACGAUGACUUUAAGAAUGUUUGGCUGUUUCAAAGUCAUCUCAUCUGCAAUUAACAGGUACUUAACCUAAAAAAAGUGCUGUAACAAUGAUAUAAAGUAUGCCAUUAGACUAUACUUCGUAUCGACGUUGGCCAGCUUACAGCUUUGCUUUACGAUCCGAUACAUACCUACGUAUUUCAAGUAGGCCUAGCCACUAGUUCCAAAUGAUACCAAUUGAUAGAAUUAUUCUUAAAAAUCGUAGGUAUGUUGUAACUUUCUGUCGCCCGCCUGGUUAGACUAGCAGGACGGCCCGGCCGCUUCUAGUCCGCGCGUUCCGUCCGGAACGCGCCCCAAUACUCACUAGGGGUUUUGUUUGACAGUAUUCGCGGCAAACGCGCUUCUUUUUAUUUCUAUUUUUAUUGUUGGGUCGAUCGAGUUUUUGCUGCUUUUCUUAGCUCAGAGAGCUUGUUGAUAACAUACAAUGUUAAAAGGUUUCUGUCUUGUUACUGUAAAACAGUGUAUCUUGAUAAGAAAUAUGUGAUAAGAUUCAUCGUUUUUACCGUAGCAGGGUAGUUAGUGGAUGACUCAGGGUGCCAUCAUGUAUUGGUUCAGAACCCUCGUAUGAUAUCGCACAAACGUGGUCAAUCGAUUGAAACGUCGCUAUACACAAGUUAUUAUCAAAUAUUUCUGAGUUGACUGAAAAUAAUCUCAAAGAACAUUUUUUAGUUAGCCAGGAGACACACCAGGAUCACAAUGAGAUCGUUAGAAGCAAAAAAUCGAUCGAGUCAACAUUUGUAUUGGUACCUCUGGUACAUUUUGAGUGAUGUUCAAUGAAUUUAUUUAUUAACGUUUUUAUGAGUUAGUAUUGACCGGAACCAAAGGCUAUGUUGUUAGAGCGGUAGUCGUCAGUGCGCGCCGCGCGUGCGCCACGGGCGUGGCAGCGCGUGCGCCGCGCACGAGUGAUGCUUUAUGUAGUUGUUAGUGUAUUAUAAUAUUAAUAAUAUUAAUUAUAAAUCUCUGUACGUGUUGCCCGUCUAACGACAUGUUUAUAACUAAUUUCGUGUUCAUUUCGGUCGCCCCCCGGAUUCUAUGAUGCCACGGUUCCUUGUACUAGAUUAAAGCUGUUAUUUUGAUUUUGUGUACGUUGUUUUGAUAGUGGCGUGUCCGGGAGGGCUUCGUUCGGUGGAUUUGUUUAUGGUAAUAGUGGUGGCACUAGUCGCGGAGCGGCCGCGAGGCUUUCCGUGUCCACUGUGUAAUCGCGUAUGUAUGUAUCGUGUUUGGGCGUUUCUCUGUUAUAGCGUAAGUGAUGUGAGUGCUGGUUUAUUUUUGAUGUGCGUCGUACUAACGUAGCGUAAGGGCCGCGGCGCAGGGGCGAGAUGUGCGCGGUUCAGCGAGGAACGCACAAAUGUGAGCGCAUAUUUGUACGUCGAAGAGAUUAGGUUAUAUUUGAACGGCACGCGCCGUCGCUAUGAUACGUGUCAAUGAUAUAUUUGUGACAGAUUUUACAUAAAAUCGUGUACAAAUAUCAGUUCAUGGCCGGCCGUGCCUAUUAGGCCUAUGGAUGCUUUUAUCGCGCGAUAAACAUAAUAUAAUGCAUUUUUAUCGUUUUGGCACUUCUCGGUAGCAAGAGACUGAUGCUUUAUCAUAUCUUUAUCACGUGAUCGUGGCCACCGUCACUGUUGUAGUUGUAUGAAUUUGCAAGUAUUAUCCGUCUAUGAUAAGUGAGCCGUCGAAUCACAUCUCGCCUCCUAUUGGUGCGUCGCGGCGACGUAUUCCCGUUAGCACGCUCUUACACGUAAUUGGGUUUAAAAUACUGUCGGUAUGUGGCUAAAGUCUGUACACGAUUAAGAAUGGUGUGUAAAGAAAUUGACAUAUUUAAAAUGACGUGACACCAAAUACAGUCGUAAAAACAAUAACUACUGUUUUUAUCAUGCAAUAGAAUCUCGCAUUUUUUUUAAAUUAAUACUUUAAUGCACAAAUGAUAAUCUUAGCAUAAUGGACUCGGUACCGAAUCUAUUAUCUCCACACAUUUAACCCUGUUCUUGGCAAUAUAUCUCACGUGUUACAUAAUUGUACACUAUCUUUUUAUAUUUUGUAGAGUAGUAUUUUGCUCUGCCAUAUUAAGCUAGGCUUAACUCAGGAUAUGUUUAGCCAAGAGAAUGGUAGUACGUAUGUAAGUACCGAUAGUGUGUUUGAAGCCAGCCGGUGAGAGCGUCCUACGGAUAGGAUUACCGGCCGCGCGGGCGCCGCUCGCGGGGCGUCUAACUAGUCAGUUAAGCGUAAGAGCGCGCGCCGACCGAUCUCCACCCGACAGUGUACUGACAGGAAGGUUUGCUAGGUAUUUAUAUAUUCAACUAUACUUGCUACUAUGUAGGCCAGCGGGAAGCUAGGACGGCAAAGUGGUCAUCAAAUCAACUAGAAAGAACUAACGAAGUGGUUGUUUCGGUUAUUGCGGUAGAACCUCAAAUAUCAAGUUUUGCCUUUAUAUUUUAUCACUAUUUUGAAAAAAUCUCGUAUCUUACACUGCUACUCAAUAAUGACAUCCUAGAAUCAUUAUUUUGUAUAAAAAAUUCUUUUCUAAAACAAAAAUGAAGUUACUGGUAGUUCUGAAUCACGCAGGUUGUUUUAUCUUAUCUAUGGGAUUUUGAAGCCGAUAGUGUAAUAUUAUUCGCUGAAUAAAGUACAUAUAAUUUGAACACAAUGCACAGUGUAGGCAAGCUUUGUUCUAGACGUACGUAGUCGGGUUGAGAGCGGCGCGGCGCGCUGUAAGAGCGCGCGGCGGCGCGGGACGGGGACACUACUCAACAUAAUGUAAACGACCCCUUACAUGACAUGGCUAGAGUCCGGCUAACUUGAUUCACUCUAUUGGAACUCAUCUGCAGAGUAAGAUUAGUCAGACUCUUUCCAUUUCAUAAUCACUCUUUUCAGUUGGCGUGCUAAGAAUGUCUGAAGUGUAAAUAGGUGUACAGGUAACCCCUCGCGUUGCUCGCGACAUCGCGUCGGCAAAUGUAAUAAACACGGACGCGAUACCGCUAACAAAAUUGAAAAGUCUUAAACCUCCCUUGGGCUCGAGGUUAUUGAUUUUCAACUGCAACUAGAGGGGUUCAUGUAGUCGUUAACCUUUUUCUCGGGCAUAUUACGAUUUGUCCAUUGCAUUCGCGACAGUAGAAUAUUCCCAGUGAGGGUUCGAAUUAGAUUGCACUGUGAAAUGUUAAAGCGGUAUUAUUUGGAAUUUGAUAUAACCUUAUAGUGCAGCUUGAAAAGGGUUAAAAAUGUAUCCAGUAAUGUCUUCUCGGAGCAGAGUAGUGUAUGAUAAGUAUAGUAGGUUUGGUCCCGGCCGCAGGCCCUCCCCGCCGCCGCGGUCCCGGCCGCAGGCCCCCCCCCGCCGCCGCGCGACUGUCCGCAUCCGUUUGUUAUUGAGAGUUUAAACAUUUUUGAACAUAUGUUUUUUAAUCAUUUUUCUAAGAGAAUUUUACACGUGUUUUAAUUUUUUGCGAUUCUAAAAGUUUAUUUAAAAGAGGAAUAUAUGAUGUACAAUAGUUGGUAAUUAUAGUGUUUCGACUCGUCUGAGUUCGCUUCUCCCUUCCGAUACUUCGGGUUUAAGAAUCUCUAGAGUUCUAUUUCUUCCGAUCUCUACGUCUGUCGUAGAUGUACAGUACAAUUACGGACGGGUAAAUAAUAGAGACCGUCCGCACAUCGUCCGAUACUUUUUUAUUGAAGAUGGCGUCAUUUAGCGAGGUUGUGCUAAUGCUAAAUUCUUCCGAUAUACCUCAGUCUAGUAGUCAGCACCAUCUAGUAAAUAUGUAAUAUGAAAGUUUAGAGAAAUUUACCGUUGUUGCAUUACUUAAUACACUUCAACAUAUCUGAUGAAAGACUUAGAGAAACUCCACACUGGUGUUUCGCGAGUGUCUUUGCAGCGACAUUGGCACUAGUGCGCAGCGGCACAAUUUUCUGUAGUUACAGCGGACUCGACGCAGACGCUCAAAAUACUUGUGUGGGAUCUCUUGAAGUACAUGCGGUAUAUGAAACUGAAACACUUAAUGACGCCACCUGCAACAUCGAAGGACACAUGUACAAUCUCUAUCAUUUACCUGUCUGUCAUGAAUGCAAUUUACGCUUGUUAAUAAAUAGUAUAUGAAGAAGCCGUCACCGUUUGUGCCAAAUGUCCUAGACCACGUACAAAGCUCGGUUGACUCGACCGUUUCGUAGCGCGCCGCGCCCUCGGCGGGGCGCACUUUAUUACAUAACUAUAUUAUAGGUUCACACGUCACUUAGGGAGUUAGUCGUUUAUGAUGUACGCAUACCCUGUCAGAGGAGUUGAUUGUUUAUCUAUGGAGAUUGUAAGAACGAAGGGAAUUGGUGCACAAUCGGUUUGUUCCCCAAGUUGAUUUUAUAAAUAUCCAAAUACUUCCUCCCGAUAGUAGUAAAAUAACUAAUCCAAUGUUUAUACUUGAAUAUGUUUACAAUUGUAUUUAUAGUUGGACUGUAAACUGAAUUUUUUGUUUAAAUGUUAAAUCAGAAUGUUAGUAAAUCUAAUUGCCAGAUUAUGAAUCUGUUAUUUAUUAGAUAUUGUUUUACUGUAAGUAUAUAGUUUUUAUAAAAUUAUUUAAAAUGGCAUAUAAUGUACAGUGCAAUGUGUUGUUUCCGUGACAGGGUAUGUGUUGAGGGUUUAAGUGCAAUAAGAGUAAGUCGCCACUAGUCACGUUGUUACGUAACCUCGCAAACGUAUUCUAUCAUAUUAUACUCAUUUUGACUUACUGGAGGGUUUGGUGACAUUUUAUAACUUCAUACGUAAACUCGGGGAAUGAUGCGAUCAUAAACUCCAAGGUUUUAAUCAAAUCUAUUAUUGUUGUAGUAUAAUUAUAUAUUAUAAUUAUGAAAUUUACUAUUUAACUAGUUUUAUUUGCGUAUACAUUUAAUAGCAGAUGGUUUUACUACGAAGUAUCACAACAAAACCUGUGAAAAUAUUGUCAUAAUAAGUAGUUAAGAGUUGGAUUGUAUUUUUUUAUUUUGAUAAGAUGUGAUCUCAUGAUUUUAUUGAAUGUCACCGAACGGUUUCGCACAACACCAUUUGUUAGCCACAUAUUAGCCACAUCGUGAUACAGUAGCCGCUCGCUCCGCGCCGGGCCCCGCCGAGCGCGAGCGUGGCCACGCGCGCGUAGUGCGCCCUAACCUAACAUAUCACGCUGUUUUCUUUACAUAUAUAUAAUUACAUGUAUUGUCCUGUGUCAAACAUAGAGCAUUGUUUUAUGUACUCCGUCGGCAGGUGGAUACACAAUCAACACAGAAAAUAUAAGUUCCGUCUGAGGGCACUAAAAAAUAAAAAAAGAGAUUCAGAUAUUCUUUUAAAAAAUACUUAAUACGUGAUGUUUCAAUUGUGCAAUAUUUGUUUUGAAUCCAGGGUAGAAAUGUAACGUUAAUAUAUUAAAAUAUGAUGAUUCGACAAUUCGCUUGAGUUGCCUGCGUCAAUCUUUAUUAAAAGCGGGGAACCUAAGCCAAGGUUAUAAUCGUACAUCGACUAACGCCUAAUAAAGUUACACAAUCAGUCAUUAAAAAAAUCAUGUGUAUACAAUUUUCGUGUAUUAUUUGAGUUUCGUGUGGCGUUUUCAAUGAACGAUUGGUGUCUUGGUGAAGCCCGCCGUCGACUGAAGGUUGACGUUUCUAGCGUUCAGUUCAAUUGCUCCAAAUGUUAUUUUCAUGAACACCUAAAUUCGCAGUUAACCGCACAAAUGUACCCGCCUGCCGACGGACCGAUCACUUACUCAUUUUAAACGCUUAUACAAAGGUAUAUUUUACGCUUCCCAGAGGUGUUAAAGCCAAAGAAAAUGUAUUUUUAUUGUACAAAGCGGCUGUAAGCCUUUAUUUUGUUAUGUUUUUAGUUAAUUUCUUGCCAGUGUAUCACACGGGUUCGACAGCGGGGCCGGCGGCGUAGAUUAAUAAACAGAGAUUAUUAGUAUAGUGUACCAGUGAGGUUGUGCCGCGGGCACACCGGGCGGGUCACGCCAGGGAGCUGGGGGUGGUAAAUAAUCCGUCUCGAGGUAGUAUGUAAAAUGGUGAAUUCUUGCGUAUGAUUGCAGUUUUGUUUUCAUUGGAGACUUUUAUUUAAAGUCCCGUGUCUCAUUGGUAUUGUAUGAGGCGACUUUAGUUCUAGAAGUAACUUACUAACGCCAUCUAGUUGUUCUGAACCAGAUGGCGUUAUAUUGAAUUAAAGUGGCGCCACCUACAGAAAUAAUGAUGCAAGUGACUUAACGCGGAAUUCAGCAGUGUUUAUUAGUUAGUUGUCUGUUCUCUGCCUACCUGACAGUGACCCUCCAGUCGGUGCUUUGAUCCUAGUCGAGUUCUGAGCAUAAUAUAAGGGUCGCCGGCCCGCCGCCGCUAGGAAAAUGUUACGUAUGUGAAAUGUGAGCGGCUCGACGGAGACAAUCGAUCAAGCUUGCUUAAUAACCCAUUUUGAUUGUUAGAUCGACUCACAUAGAUAAGUUGAAUGUUAAAAUUGUUUGUUGGUAUCCGUAGAACCGCGCUCCCCGGCCGCCCUGCGGCGGCUGCGGCGCGCCACCCUUGCAAUAAUAAGGCCUGGAGGAGCAUUCACUGUAAACAUAGUAAAGGCACUAAGAACAAACUGUAUCGCAUGUUGCCUUAUAGUGUCGGCUUCAUGAUAGAACAGGUGUCCGGUCCAGGCCUUAGUGUUGUAAGGCCAUACCUAUAUUUGUUGUUGGUUCACUGAUCACUAUUAGGUCACAUAGCUGAGUAAAUUAAUGCAUAUAAUAUAGUUUUAUGGUGAGAUAAAUAUGUAUAUGUAACCUACCUACAUGUCUAUUAAAUCAAUGAAAAAAAUAGAUUAUA